UGAGUGGGGAAAGAUAAGAGGAAUCAUUUAAUGCACUGCUGGGAGUGUGUUGAUUUCUACAAUGCUCCUGUGGUGAUAAGGCAGGGACUAUUUGUUGUGCAGGAGGAUGUGAUGUGACCGACACCAUGACAGGGACACGUGGGCCACGACACCACCGACUGUGGAUCCUCUGCAUGUUCUUCAUCACUGUAGCUGCAGAGGACAUUUCUUGUCCAAACGGCGGUCGGAUCCACCUGGCGGGCCGGCGGUGCUAUUGGCUCUCUGAGGCGACAUCUUCAUGGCUGGAGGCAAGGGACUCAUGUGGAAAGACUCAGGGAGGAGGUCUGGCUUCUGCGGACAGCCUUGAGCUGCAGAACUUCAUCCAUUACUCAUUUCCAGUGACAACCACUGUGUGGAUAUGGCUGAAAAGAUCAAGGGGAGAAGGGUCUGAUCAGGAUGGGGUUUUGGAGCCUGUGAGUCCUGCAUGGUGGGCCGGAGGCGCUGGAAGUCAGGGCGGGUGUACUCAGAUGGCUUUGGGGACACCGGGACAGUGGAGGAGAACUCAGUGUGCUGGACGAUACCGCUUCCUCUGUGAAAAGGAAGUCACUGAGUCUUUACCAUCUGAGGACAGUUAUCUGACUGGAUUGGUUCUAAUGACCGGCAUCUAUGCUCAGAUCCAGAUACACCCUAUUCCCAACGUCCCAGACAUCGGACAGCUCGCAGUGGAGAUGCAGCUGUUUCCAGGGAUGUGGUUCAGUCAUGCAGGUCAGUUGGUCUCAGUUGGGUUGGUGGUCCAACCAAGCUCAGUGUCCUCUUUGGCCCGUGUGCAGAUCCUACGACCCUACUGUAACCCGAACCACCACCUGGUACCUCCAGGUUGCAGCUCUCUCCUUAAUCCAUUCAGCUGCUGCUCAGCAGUACCGCUGUGUAACACCACAGGGGGCUGCAGCAUGGGCCAGUACUGGUGUCACCUGCUGGAGGCCUGUGUGCCUACCACCAGUCCAUGCAGCCCCUACGACUCUGCAGCAGGGGCCCGUGGCUUUGCCUUACCUCCCAGAUACCCUGCACUACCCCCCUUCUAUCACCUGGUGGCAGACCUGCCUCUGAGAAUUAACCCAAGCUCGGAGCUAACAUCUAUAAGCCUGCUUCUUCCAGAUCAAGCAAUCAUGGUGUACCCUGAUGAUAUUGUGGCUAUACAACACACUCGUGACUCUGGGUCAUUCCUACAUUGCCUGAACAGUGAAGCCUCUUUAAACUCCCCUUGGCGCCAGAGUUACAUGUCCCUUAGGAGAACAGAGUGGGGGGGCUGGUGGGAGGGAGGUCUCACUUACCUACCUCAAGGAGGCCAAUGGAUGGACGGGGUGGUGUGUGAUCUGAGGUUGCUGUACGUGGACAAUCUUCAAAGUGGAACAGAGCAUGACGAGAACUUUGGCUUCACUUACAGGGAGACAACAACAGCUCCAGAUAUGUGGGCUCUGACAACUGGUCUUACUCCGAGUCAGAGAUCAGAAUUUGAGCUAAACAUCAUCCACCCUGUCCCAGAUGAAAAGAACCAGAUUCAUGUCCAAAUCAACACCCCAGUACUCAUUGUUGUCAAGGUCCUGUCUGGAGAGAAAGCCAGGAGCUCAUGGUCAGCCCCAGUUCUUCAGACCGGGGUCCCCUUCCUUCCAUUUUGCCCUGAAGAAGUGGCUGGGUCUUGGGCUGGCUGUGAGAGACAGUCCCAUGAUGCCUGGUUCUCCUCUGUCACCAUGGUGUUGCCUUCAGUUGGGGUUCAAACACUAAAAAUCAGCAUGAUGGAUGCAGUAAGCUCUCAAAGUGUAAGUGUGAUGGUUUGUGGCUACGAGGCAGUGACGGGGCUUAGUGUUGAACCACAUGGAUGCCGGAGGAUGCUGGUUGACACUCCACAGUCAUUUAUAGCCAAAGUGGAAAGUGGUUCCUCAAUAAAUUUCACAUGGGUGAUUGACAACCUGGAGAAGUUUGCCUAUGAAGGAGAAUCUUACAGUGUAGUGUUCAAGAAACCUGCAGAGUAUAAACUCAGGAGCCAACAAAUCCUCCUGACUGCUGAUGAACCCACCCCACUGGCUGAGCCAGAGUUCCUGUUAGUCCCGGAGGUCAUAGCUGUGGAUGCUGCACACCUCUACACUGUCAGGGUCAACAUGGACAUCUCCCUGCCAGUCACCUUCAGGUGGGAUUUGGGGGAUGGCAGUAACAAGGUGGUCCACACCCAGUCAGCUCCAUGUCAGGCCAUGGAAGGACUUAUGGAGAAAGAAGGGAAGCAAGUUUAUGUCCAGGACUCAGUAAACUAUACUUUUUCCAUCCCAGAUGACUACACACUUCAUGUCCAAGUCUCCAACCAAUAUGACAACACUGAUGCAUCCAUAAAGAUAAGCGUCCGCCCUCAAUUAAACCAUCUCCUCAUUUCCUCUUCCCUUCACGUGCCCCUCAUCAAACAGACUCUCCUACUGGAAGCUUCCACAGAGCCCUCCUCCCAUGCUGUUGUCUACAAGUGGGACUUUGGUGAUGGAUCUGAAGAUGUCGAAGGCAUCAACCGUAAAGUCAACCACACUUUUGCAUCUGCAGGAGUUUAUAACGUCACAGUGUGUGCCAACAAUACUCUUUCAGUCCUGACUACUUGGCUCAUGGUGGAAGUCAUGGAGAAAAUCUCUGGAAUAACCGUUAACUACAAUAGAUCCAGUGAACUGAGCUCUGCUACAGACUUCAGAGCUACAGUGGCCACUGGAACAAGUCUCAUGUGGAAUUUUGACUUUGGUGAUGGGUCCCUGCAAGGAAACCUAACAGAUGGCUCCAUCUCCCACAUAUUCAAGUCACCAGGGAACUAUACAGUGCACAUAACUGUCUCUAAUUCUGUCAGUCAAGCUCAUCAUUCUGUUAGUGUCGAGGUCUAUAUGUUGGCUGUUAGUGGAGUUCUCCCUACAGAAUGUGUCAUGAGUGGGAGAGACGUUCAGUUUACCGCUCUGGUGAAUGGGAACAUAUCCAUUCUGACUUUCCAUUGGCUGUUUGGAGAUGGAACACCUUUGACUGUAGCGAGGGGACAGUCGUCAGCCAUGCACAAAUUUCAAAGCCAAGGGAUUUGCCACAUUAGUCUGACUGUGUUUAGUUGUGUUUCAUCCAUAUCAUUUAAUACAAGUAUCUGCGUUGAAGCGCCAUUAACCAACAUGACAGUGCAGUCAUCACAGGAAGUAGUGGCAGUAGGAGAAGAGGUUUGCUUCAGGGUGUUAGUUUCCCCCAUACAGAUGAGUGGUUACCAACUGAAGUGGUUUACCAGCCCCUCUAGUCUCAAAGCCACUACAGAAAACACUCAGAAGUGCUUUAUCUUUAGAUAUGAAGGUGUUGAAGAGAUAUUAGUAAUGGCAAGUAACAAAGUCAGCAACAAAACAGCCAAAGCUUUUGUUACCAUUCAGAAGCCUGUGAGCAAGCUGUCGGUGGCACAUGACAGUCAAAGUGGCACAGUCACAGUCAACACAAUAGCAUCAUUUUGGGUUGCCAGUUGCACCGGCACCAAUGUGUCACUGCUGUGGGACUUUGGAGAUGGAUCUCCGGUGGAGCAGAAGCAAAAUGUGUCACACGUCUUUACCUCGAUGGGUCAGUUCACGGUUACCGCCACAGCAUUUAACGCCGUAAGCCGCGAUUCUGUGACCCUUAAAGUAAAUGUUUUACUUCCUAUUUCAGACAUUUCACUUCACACCAGCCAGCCGUAUGCUGUGGUAGGAGUAGAAACUCUCAUCACAGCAAUUAGCAGUGCUAUCAGUAGCACCAACUACUACUGGACUGUGGAUGGAAUAACCUCAACCAAACAGGGAACUUAUCAGUUUAGAUUUGCUUUUAUGAAACCAGGAGUGUAUCAAGUUAGGGUUAUAGCACAGAACUUGGUGAGCAGAAAGGAAGCAGCUAUUUUAAUUGAAGUCUUUGAAAGAAUAGAAGGUCUUCAGAUUGAAUGUCAAAGCCUGAUAAACGGGAAAUACGUCUCAACCCAAGAGGAACUGCUGUUUAUUACUAAAAUCACCAAAGGCUCCAAUGUCACUUACCACUGGCUUGCUACACAAAGUGAAAUAAACCAACAAAUUACAGGUGAUGGAGAGCUUUUUCGUAUGUUAGCUGAUACUCCUGGUGGGAUUUCAGUUGAGGUAAAAGCUUCUAACAAGCUGGGUGAGGCCACCAACAUUGUUUCUUUAGUGGCAGUUCAGCGUGUAACAGGUGUACACAUUACAACACAAUCAAACACUGUUGCAUUAGGGAGAUUAGUGAAUAUCUCCGUAUCUGUGGCAACCGGUUCGGACCUACAGUACCUUUGGUACAUUAAAUCUAAUCCUUCUCCCCUGAGGACAGACACACCCUUUCUUCUCCACACUUUUACAAGUGUUGGCCAUUGUCUUGUUAGAGUUUCAGUUCAGAAUGUCCUCAGCCACGGCAAUGUCACCAAAGAGUUUACUGUUCAGGAGGAGGUCCAAGAGGUGGACUUUGAAAUUGAAGGAAAGACGUAUCCAUUUUACAUUCCAACAAAUGAUGCCAUUCAACUCCAUGGGCUUUCUCGGAAUGGUAGUGAUCUUCACUGGAACUGGAUAGUUAGAGGCACUAUGCAUAUCAGUACUACUAAUCAGACUUUUAUGCACACUUUUCCACAUGCAGGCAUCUAUCAGGUGUCUUUGAAUGUCUCCAAUAGGAUUAAUUGGCAGAUGGUUUCACACAGUGUCAUAGUCGAAGAUGCAAUCACAGAUCUGAUGCUGAACAUUUCCAAGUCCUCUUUAUGCACAGAAGAACAAGUCACUUUUAUUCCAACAGUUUCCAAAGGAAGCAAUGUAAGCUUUGCUAUAACAUUUCAAAACAAAGACUGGAUUCAUAGUCAGACCAUUCUUGAAGGGCAAUUCACCACAUCAAGCCUUCCAGUAGGGACACAUCGAGUUACAGUGAAAGGUUGGAACCAGGUUAGUAAAGCUGAGGAGUCUUCCAGCAUUCUGGUAACUGAGCAUAUUCAAGGUUUGCGACUUGUCAACUGUUGUUCUGUUACCUUAGAGGCUCUGAAAGGAAUCAGGUUCAAGGCAGAAGUUCAAAGUGGACUUUCAGUCAACUACACAUGGAUGUUUCACUUGGUGGGGUCUGAGCCCACCUGGCUCAAGGGACAAGAAGUGGUCUUUACCUCAGCAGAAAGUGGUUUGUUGUUUGUUAGUGUGCACGCCACUAAUGGAAUCUGCUCCAAGACAGUAAACGAUACUGCCACAGUUCAGUUGCCUGUUAAGAAGGUUACCCUUGUCUGUCAGUCAGAAAGAAUAUUUGUUGGACACGCUGUCAGGUUUUUUGCAAAAGUGAAUGGAGGGAGCAAACCCAGAUACCUCUGGGACUUUGGUGACUCAGCUGAGGCAUUUGUGACUGACCUCAGCACAGUCAAUCAUACUUAUGAUUUUCCUGGGAAGUACAGUGUUAUGGUCAAAGUUCUCAACAGUGUUAGCCAUGUAUCCACACAGCUGCACAUUAAGGUGGAGGAGCCCCAGUGUUCUAGCCCUCAAGCUUCUCUGGUUCAGAGCCAGUCUACAAUCUUCAGGUCGAGACCAAGUUUCUUUGAAGCAAGUGUGGACUUUAACUGCUCUGCUUACAAAGCUACAUACCUAUGGGAGAUACUCAACGAAUCGGAUUGUACUAAUUUAGACUUAUCUGGUAACAAAGUAAUUCUUAGAAAUCAGGUAGAUGCAGCUUCCCCUUUGCUCUUACUGCCGAAGCAAACUCUUGAUAUAGGACAGUAUUGCCUGGUAUUUACUGCUUCGCUCCAAGGGACUCCAUUACUUGUUCAACGAAAAACCAGUGUUACAGUGGUUCACUCCCCACUGGUAGCUGUCAUUAAGGGAGGAUCACACAGACUGUGGCCCAGCCUCAGUGACCUCAUCCUGGAUGGAUCUGAGUCUGAAGACCCUGAUGUAGAGCCAGGAGUGGAGGACACACUGCAGUACCACUGGACCUUCAUGACAGUGGUAACUGUGAGUGAAGCUCCUGUGCUUCCUGUGACUGUGGACUGUGUGUCCUGCUCCGUCCCGUCCUCCCCUCACCGCAUCAGUAACACCACCCCCAUCAUCCUUUCAGGACAAUGUGGACAGUGUGACGACCAGGCUCAGUAUAAAUGGAGCGCUGAGGAUCAAACUGGCAUGUAUUUUGACCUUAACGAGGCUGCCACCUCUACAGGGAGACAUUCUCUGAACUUGGUGGUACGUUCAGGUGUCCUGCAGCCAGGGCAAAGUUAUACCUUCACUCUCAAUGUGUCCCAGCCUGGCAGAGGGCAGUGGGGCAGUGCCAGCCUAAUAAUACUACUUAACAGUCCACCACAUGGAGGCCUUUGUGAUCUCAGUCCAGAGUCAGAUAUACACCUGUUGGAGACAGUGGUCACCUACAACUGCUCAGGGUGGCGAGAUGCUGAAAACAGGGUCUCUCAGCUGAUCUAUACCUUCCAGGUAGCACUAUGUCAGCCCAUUGGAACAGUGUGCCCUUUGCUCACUCUUUACAGGGGUACUUGUUCAACAUAUGGCAGCCUGGUUCCAAUGGGAAAUCCUGAGCAAAUAAGAAACACUUCAGUUAUCACAGUUACACUGCUGGUAGAAGAUCAGCUGGGGGCAAAGGUCAUUGCUCUGGACAGAAUGUUGACAGUUGAAACUCCUGCAAGGGGAGAAAUUGCCAGUCAAUGGCUCAGAAACAAGAGCCAGACAGAACUGUGGGCUUUAGUCCAACAUGGCAACCCUCAAGAGAUCAUCCCUUAUUCUAUUGCGCUCACCAGCCAGCUCAAUCAGAUGGAGUCUGGGCGGACUGCCAUGGAGCUCAUGAAACGGAGGGAGAUCCGUGAAAAUGUGACCCGCGCCCUGGCCUCUCUCCCUGUGUCCUCCUUGCUGAAUGUUGAUCAGAUCAGCUCAGCAUUAUCUCUGUCUACUGCUGUUCCAGGUGAAUUGGUUUGUGAGGAGUGCCAGAAGAAGGUCCUGGAAGCUGUGGGGAAGAUGAUCCAUGUGAUGGAGGAACAGAUCAGUCCUGGGGUUUUGCCAACUGUGGAAACAGGAAGGAACAUCCUGAACAUCAUAGGUAGCACCCUGGCUGCUGUGUCUGAGUUCAUCAAUGCUUCCAGUUUUCAUCCAGCCUACUCCAGCACCCUGCAGUCAGCUUCCACCAUCGCCCUGUCAGCCAUAGGUCACACAGGGGCCCUAAUGCGCUCCCUGAUGCAUUCCCGUGUUCAUGGCCAGGCGCCACUUUCGCUCUCCACCAAUUAUAUCAACACAGUGGGCUUCCAGGGAGACCCCUCUAACCUCCUCUGCACUCACCAGUCUGACCAAGACCAGACUGUCCCAUCUCAGUCAGCUGGUGAAUCAAAUAGUUCUCGUCCAUGUCAGUUUCAUAUCCCCACCUCCCUUACUGCUCACCUGAAGAGUCACAAGUCUGAGGUGGUGCAGGUCAUGUUUGGUUUGGAUGCAGAGUUGGGAUCCAACCCAUUGCUGACUACAGCCGACCCUCCCAUUUCCACCGCUCUGGUUGCCAUGGAGCUCACCACACCUCAGGGCCAACCCAUACCCAUCCUGGAUCUGGACCCUGAACAAGCUAUAAGAGUUACCCUGCCAAACAAAUAUGCUGUAGGACAGGACGAUGGUGGAAAUGGAAGGACAGGUGAAGCUGGGAAUGGGACAUGUCUUACUCUGAUGCUCCCCACUGAAGGAAGGUUGAACCUUACAGUUAAAGCUGUGGAUGGACUGGAUGAUAAUGCAGGUUUAUAUCUAUCCUUCAACUUCAGCCUGGACCCAGGAGCUACUCCAGUGAGUCUGGGACAUGUCAAGAUAGAAGUGGGCUCCACAGUGCCAGGAACUAAUGCAUCCCAGGAUUCCCUAGUGAGAGAGUGGGCUCUCACUCUCUCUGCUCCAACCACCUCCACAGAGGAAACCAUCUUCCUGUCUCCACUCUCUCUGUGCCAGUACUACAGUGUGGAGGAGAGGCGUUGGAGCAGUGAGGGUCUGCAGCCACUGGAGGGCAGCACGCUCCACGCCGCACACUGUCUCACACAGCACCUCACCAUGUUCGGGGCCAGUUUGUUUGUUCAUCCUGGGGCCGUCGUUCUGCUGCCACCGCCAGGCGGUCCCACGCGUAACAUGGUAGUGCCGAUUGUGUGUGCUGUCCUGGUCCUGAUUCACCUGCUGGUGGGGCUCAUCGCACAUAAACUGGACCACUUGGACAGCUUGAGACUGAGCCAGGUCCCUCUUUGUGGCCGAGCGGGGCUGUACCACUACAGAGUGCUGGUGAAGACGGGCUGGAGGCGGGGAGCAGGCACCACAGCACAUGUUGGCAUCAGUCUGUAUGGUGUGAACAAGAGCGGAUCUCGCCAUCUGCAGAGGGAUGGAGCUUUUCAGCGUGGCAGCCUGGACCAGUUUCACCUGGAAACAGAUGACAACCUGGGAGAAGUAUGGAAAAUUCGCAUCUGGCAUGAUAAUACAGGUCUGGACCCGUCCUGGUACGUUGAGCAUGUGGUGGUGUGGGACCCUCAGACAGACCACAUGUUCUUCUUCCUGCUGGAGGACUGGCUCUCUGUGGAGAAUCAGAGGAACGGCUCUGUGGAGAAGGAAGUUCUAGCCUCAUGUCCAGAGGAGCUUUCUCACUUCCGACGGGUCUUCACCUCCCAAAUGAUGUUUGGAAUGGUUGAGCAGCACCUGUGGCUGUCGCUAUGGCAACGCCCUGCACACAGCCGCUUCACCAGGGGCCAGAGGGUGACCUGCAGCGCUCUCAUGCUGCACCUCUACCUGGCACUGGGGGCACUGUGGUAUGGGGCUGUUGGCACCAAGGGGCAUAGUGGAGCGGUGUCAGCCCAGCUGCUGGUUAAUGUGGAGGUGGUUGCCGUGGGAAUGACUGUUGCUGUACUGGUGUUUCCCCUCCAGUGUUUUCUCUGCUUCCUGUUUAGGAAAGCUCACAAUCAGGUAACUGUGGACAUGUCACUUCCUCCUUCUCCUGUUUGUCACUCUGUGGAGAUGGACGUUAACCUCGGCCAAUCAGGGCUCUCCGGCCCUUCCUUCCUGUCGCUGCCGGACUCCUCAGGCCCAAUCCGGGACAGUCCUUCAUCUUUACUGGAGAGCAAGGCGUUUGACUCCAGUAUUCUCGACUUCUGGGCUGCGUCUGGCUUGGCGCCCCAGACAGAUGGAGCGUGUCAGGGAGAAGGCAUGGGGACAUGGCCUUCCUGCGACAGCCUCCUCAAUCUACCAGUUGGCCCAUACCUCACCAAGACAGCCCCAGCACAUAACCUCUGCAAGGCUUCAUCUGCUCUGGGCCCUCAGCGCCAGCUGAGGAGAAAAAAGGCUGUGAUGCAGCUCCGCCUGGCCUCACCUUCUGCUCCUCCCUCUCCUCUUUACACAUAUCCUCUUUCUAAAGACAUUUCCAGCUCUCAUCCAUCCCCUGCUGCACCGGACCGAAAGAUCUCAAAAAUAAACACCAACUUAGUGCAAGCUCAUAACCACAAUCUGACUACACUUCUGACUCUUUCUGAGGAGAAUCUGCUGAUGUCUAUAGCAGCAGCAGCAGAGGACACAGCAGACACAAAUAACAGCAACUCAGAUAGCGGUCGUGAUUCUCCCAGAACCACUUCGUCACUCUCAACCACGCGGAGCACGUCCUGCAGCAGCUGGUCGGAGCAGAGUGAGGACAAGUCCCUGUAUGGUGCAGAGAUCCACAAGCCAGACCCUCAGUCCUGUCCCUCUCUGUAUGGAGCCGGACUCUACAAGUGUCCCUCUGUGCUAUCUGUAGACUCUGUGGCCAGCACCGUGCUGCCGAGCCCUUCACCUGACUCCACCCGCUCCUUCUCCACCACACGCAUAGGAGUAGCUCGAGGUCAGCCCAGCUGGCUGCUCCCUCCCUGUGUGCUGAGUGUGAUUUACCCUCUGGUGGCUGUGCUGCUAGCAGCGUGCCUGGCUGUGGUCGGACUCUACGGUAUCUUCCUGUCCAGGACAGCCGUCCUCAUGUGGCUGAUAUCGGCUCUGUCUGCCUUUCUCACCUCUGCUUUGUUGCUGGAACCUCUCAAGGUCUUCGUGCAGGCCUUGAUCUGCACGGCGCUGUGGAGGCCUGUGGAUCCAGAGGUGGAGGACCUGCUGGCUCAGGAGACCACAGUGGUGAGGGCAUUCGAGGAGCAUGGCAGGAAGGUCCGGCCGCCAUGUGGCUACGGGCUGCUACAGGCCAAAGAGGAAGCCCGCAAAGUCCGAGCUUUACAAUCACUAAUGAGGCACUGUGUGUGCCAGCUGCUUUUUCUGUUGCUCGUACUGAUGCUGAACUACCAGGACAGCGUGGAGCAGAGGCAAGGCAGGCUGCUGCACUCCGCUGUCAGGCGCCGUCUUCACACGGCACCCCUGGGGGCCCCUAACCUCACCUCACUCAGAGACUGGUCAGAUGCAGAGAAGUGGAUCAGUCACACCUUGGUGCCAUACUUCCACCAGAACCCUUCACUGAGCCUUGUUGGGUUGCCACGGCUGCAGUACACACACACCCUGGCGCCUCUGGCAACUGUCUUCCUGGGAAACAGCAGUGAAAUGACACAGCAGCUCCUAGCUGACUUGCACAUGGCAGAUUGGGGCAAGAAACAGUUUCAAACUCUUUCUAUGGACUUCACACACUACCACAGAGAGUCAGGUUUAUUUGUGUGUGUGUGCAUACAGCUAGAGUGGGCUCAGACACAUAGAGUCGCCCCCUUUCUCUCCAUCCAUCCACUCCUCAUGCCUUCAUCCUUCUCUGGACUGGACCUGCAGCUGGCACUUACAGUUGUCCUUCUCAUCUCUGCGCUUCUGAUUGUGUUUGGAGAACUGUGGUCCAUGGCUACUGAGCGUGCCCAGUAUCUGCGUCAAUGCAGACACUGGUUCCAGCUUCUCCUGGCCUUGUUGUCCCUGGCAACGGCUAUCCUGCAGCUCAGCUUCCUGUCCCAGGCCGUGUCCUGUGUUUCCAGGAAUUUGACCAUCUCUUUCUUGAAUGUCUACUAAUUUCCAAUGCUGUACGCCCCAGCUCCUGGGAACCCUGAGGUUUGUGCGGAGGUGGGUGGUGUUAGGCAGAGUGCUGCAGAGAGCCUGGAGGGAGCUGUGGGCUCUGACUGUCCUACUGCUGCUGCUGCUGCUGCUCUGCAUUCACUUCGGAAACACGUGGAAGGUUUCUUGUCAGUACGACAGACAGGUGUCUCAGUACUGUCCAUCCUGCGAGGCCGGAUGGCUCUCCAAAGACUCUGCAGGGUCCACCCAGUCCUUGGCCCUCUCUAUGGGCUUUUACUGAUGGGGGCAGGGGUUUGGCUGUCGGCCAGACUAUGUGGAGCUGUUCUCAUUCGGACAUACAGGGCGGAGCAGGCUGAGUUGUACCGUCCAACCAUUGAACCUCAGGACUAUGAGAUGGUGGAGUUCUUCAUCAAGAGACUUAAGCUGUGGAUGGGACUUACCAAAGCAAAAGAGUUCAGACACAGGGUGAAGUUCGAAGGUAUGGAUUUACCUCCUUCCAGAUCCUCACAGGAAUCCCGUCUUUCCACCUUGUCCUCCACCCUCCCCUCUUCCCACUCUCCUUCCCUGUCCUCCUCAUUUUCAUCCCCCCGUCCCCUGUCCUCAGCUCUCUCUCUGAGAUCCGAGGACUUGUCAGUGUCCGAGCCUGGGUUUGAUGUCCAGCCAUACCUGGACCGUCUGUUGCCCUGCGUCAGUGCCCUGCUGUCUCGUUUUGAUCAAGUCAAUCAGAUUACUGAGGACGUUCACAACCUGGAAAAGAAACUAGAGGAGGCGCAGGCAAGGAGGAGAAAGAUGUGGACCAGUAACAAGGACGAAGGUGCAAAAAGAUUUGGAGAGUCAGUAAAGCCAAAGGAAGCAGAAGGCAAUGGAAGGGACACAGGAGAAGUGAGACACAGGAAAACAGGUCUUCUUUGCCCCAAGCCACGAGUCUCCCUUCCAGCUUCGUUUUCUUUCACGCCCUCCACUCUACAGUCCUCUGCUGCAUCAGUCUGUAGAUUUCCCCGUACACGUAGCACCCACUCUGAGUCUGAAUCAGUACCAUUCCAGCCUCAGGAGUCGAGCAACAACCAUACUUUUGAACCUGCCAAGCUUGCAUCUGGAAUCUGCGGUUUGUAUCCAGCAGGUUCUCCUGGAUACAUUAGGUUUCCCAGGAGAAGAGCUUGGCAUUCUGGGAGUUCACAUUCAGCUGAUGCAGCUCAGAGGAUCUACCAGACCCAAGGUGGACUUGUUCCAUGUGGUAAUGGAGGAGAAUAUUUAGCAUUCACCAAAACAAGACCCAGAAGUGAAGAAGGGGUAAGACAGCAUAUCAGUGAUGGAGUCCCAGUGAAGAGGAAGGCUUGGACUGAGCAAGACUAACCCUGUGUUUACUCUGAUAGCAGCAAAGGAUUCUUAUGAACAGAGUUGUUUAAUUUUGUGCGAAAAUUUCGCAACAUGGUUUUUAUGCUAUCCAACAGAACGGUUGUUGCUUUAAACAAGUCACGCUGUGAAAGUUGUGUUAUAGAACAACCAAAGGUUAUUUAACAAAACCACUUGUUUGAAGUUCGAAAAAAAUAUGGGGGUUAGGCUAAAAGUAGCAACUAAUGUACAGAACUACUAGACACAGUUAUGUCAGUAACAAAGAACACGAGUAAGAGGUUUCCAGCUGGGUACAAAAGCUGCUCUCCUGGGUCGAAGGCCUUGGGUUGUGCCAUUCACCUCCACUCUACUCACCUCCUCUACUCAGCCUUAAUUUUAACUAAACACGC